AUGUCUCGCCCUCGCACCUUCUCUUUCGACCAAAACGAUGAGACGUCGCUGAAUGCCAACCACCCCGGACAAUCCUAUGGUCACGCCUUACCACCUCCUUACACAGACGACGUUCCUCCACCGCCAGCACCCUCCCAUAAAGCGUACCCUGCUUCAUCGUACCAGCUACCACCUCUGGAUACAAAUCAUGACAGAAGGGCACAACAAAGCCUAGACCAUAACGUGUCGAAUCGUACAGCUUCAACAACCACCCCAGGUGCCGACAACUUAGGGGACGCCGCCGUUGGAGGGGGUAUAACAGGAGUAGCUCUCGGAGUUGCACAUACACGCCCGCGGGAAAGCGGAUUGGAAGCAAUAAGAGACACAGAGCCAUACCAGCGGUCACCGACUUUUCCCGGAGAACGAGAGCUUGGUGUUGUAGGCUCUGUGAACCCAUACAUACCUGAACCCUCCUCACCUAGCCUUCGUGCUUCCUUAGAUCCACCGCCGGCUUCGCGGGAUAUGGCCCUAGGGCCUCCGUCUGGGAUACACUCCAGGUCCGAAUCGAGAGACCCCUUUGCAUCUCCAGCGCACUCUAGACAUUCGAAUCCUUUUGAUGACCACAGAGUAUCUCCUACACCUUCUGCCGGCAGACCCACUCCGGUGGGCUACCCAUCCACUGCAAGCAUACCCAUGAAAGACUACCCACCGUCGGAUGCUUUCGCAAGUGGAGGCUCAUAUUCUGAUAAUCCCUACAAUCGUUAUUCUUCUGCAUGGGACUCGCGCAUAUCUCGGGCUGACAUAGAUCCAAAUGAGAUAGAUGACGAUGCCGAGGAUGACAUGGGGCCGUCUACCCACUGGAGAAAAUCCAUGUUGGGUCUCAGCGGUGGAGUACAGGGUAAUAUGUCUCAAGGUGCAGACACUGAACGUAAUCUGGCAGCAGGAUCAGGUGCCCUUGGGGCGCUUGGUGCCCUGGUGGGGAGCAAAUCUGGCCCCAAGAUUGGGAGUAGGGAUGCAAGCGGACAAUAUGGGCCGGUCGGAGAUCCGCCAAUGGAUGAGCCGGGGGCGGAGAAAAGUGAGUGGCUCAAUAGUCAAACGUCUGGACGCAAGCGGUUACGGUGGAUAGUAGGCACGAUCAUUGCUUUAAUCAUCGUCGGGGCCAUUGUCGGGGGUGUUGUCGGAGGUGUGAAGCACGCUCAAAGCAAAGGCGACAGCCCUUCUUCGCAGUCUGCUCAAGACGAUGAUGGCAAUGGCGACCUAGACAAAAACUCCGGAGAGAUUAAGAAGUUGAUGAACAACCCUGAUCUUCACAAGGUGAUGCCUGGUGUCGACUAUACCCCCUUUAACGGACAAUACCCUGACUGCUUGACGAAUCCUCCGAGUCAAAACAAUGUGACUCGGGAUGUUGCCGUGCUUUCACAACUCACAAAUACUAUUCGUCUGUACGGCACCGACUGCAAUCAGACGGAGAUGGUCUUGCAUGCCAUAUCGAAGCUGGACUUGCAGAAUUUCAAGGUCUGGCUGGGCGUAUGGCUGGACGGCAACCAAACCACCAAUGAUCGCGGCAUGCAAGCUCUGGACGACCUUCUUGGUAAGAACGGGGCCGAUCCUUUUGCUGGAGUUAUCAUCGGUAACGAGGCCCUCUACCGGAAAGAGAUCACUGAAGACAAACUCGGCCAACUUCUAUCCGACACCAAAAAGAAGCUUACAGACAAGAAGAUUGAUCUUCCUGUGGGCACAUCAGACCUUGGAGACGCUUGGACGGCCAGCUUAGCUAGUGAUGUGGACGUAGUGAUGGCAAACGUCCAUCCCUUUUUCGCGGGCGUAACCGUAGAUAAAGCAGCGGGCUGGACAUGGGAUUUCUGGCAGGGCCACAAUGUUAAGUUGACCCAAGGCACGCAGAAGAAGAACUACAUAAGUGAAGUGGGGUGGCCGAGCGACGGGGGCAUUCAUUGUGCGCCUGAUCAAACGACCUGUACAGAAGGUAGUAAAGCGGGAAUCGACGAGAUGAACGAAUUCAUGAAUACAUUCAUCUGCCAAAGCCUGGCGAACAGUACUGACUUCUUUUGGUUUGAGGCCUUUGAUGAGCCUUGGAAGAAGCGACUUAAUGAGCCAGGUAAGGAAUGGGAGGACAAAUGGGGCUUGAUGGAUCCAGGACGGAAAUUGAAGGCCGGGUUAAAGAUACCUGACUGUGCAGGGCGAACAAUAUCCUGA